CGGUUUUUGUAAGACCGACUGGUGGCUGCUGAGAUCAUUCGCAAUAAUUGAUAUCGUAUGAAGUACCCACUUUCCAAAUAAUUAAUAAUUACCAGUGAUAAGAGAAUAGGGUUAAAGAUCACGUCAAUAAAACAAUUUUCAAUGCUAAGUUUUAAAUAAAUUGUCGUAAAGCUGCCACGAGAGUGUAUUUUUCUGCGGGACGUUAGACUGAAUUUUGUUGUAGAGUAACUUUGUGUCGCGGUUGUGUAGUUGAGAGAAGAUGACUGCCAAAGUUCUCCAAUAUGACACAAGGGAGCUGGAAACAUUCCUCCCCCACAGCCAACCAGCUUACCUCCACUCAGUUUCAUCCACCCCAAAUUAUUACAUGGGUUGUUCGUACGAAGCCAACCUAAAACAAUAUUUGCUUUCAACUAAAGCAACCCCCAGAUAUUAUGGAACUGUUUACGAUUGUUAUAUACCUCCACCAAAAUUUGGCUACAUUAGAGCCUCUCCCCUUCCAAUCAAAGUCGACAUUCCAGACAACGCCAAAAACGUGGACACGACACCGGAAGACUUUGACCCGUUCAAAACCAGACAUCUUGAACACCCUGUAUCGAGCGGUGGGACACUGACCCAUCUGUUGAAGUCGUCUUUGGGUACCGGGAUUUUGUCCAUGCCGGCUGCUUUCAAAGCGUCUGGGUUGUGGAUGGGCGUGUUUGCGACCAUCUUAGUGUCCAUAAUUUGCACCUACUGUGCUUACAAUUUGGUUAUUUGUGCCCAUGUUUUGUACAAGAAGGCGGGCAAAACUACCAUGACGUACGCGGAAGUUGCUGAAGAGGCGUGCUUGAGGGGUCCUCCAUGGAGUAGGAAAUAUGGAUUUGUGGCAAAGCAGAUUGUUCUAUGGGGUAUCUUCGUCACGUAUUUUGCCACUGGGAGUUGCUAUGCUGUUAUUGUAGCCGAAAAUUUCAACUACGUGGCCUUUAACUAUAUAGGGACUUAUGAUAAAAGAAUCUCGGUGGCUCUACUUUUUCUACCAUUUUUGUGUAUCGCGUAUGUGCCUAAUUUGAAGUCUUUGGCACCGGUCUCCAUGGUGGCCAACGUCUGCAUGACUGUGGGUCUUGGAAUCACCGGCUACUACCUCCUGACUGACAUACCAUCCCUAUCCGAAAGACCAGCAGUUGCAAAUUUUUCGUCGUUACCCAUUUGUAUAAGUAUCGUCAUCUUUGCAAUAGAAGCAAUUGGAGUGGUCAUGCCUCUAGAAAACAACAUGAAAUCACCACAAAAGUUCGUCGGAAUUUUUGGCGUGUUGAACCAAGGUAUGACGUUUGUGACCAUCAUCUACGUAAUGCUGGGUUUCUUGGGCUACCUCAAGUACGGAGAAGCCACAGCAGACUCAAUCACGCUGAAUCUCCCAAAGGAAGAAUAUGCUGCUCAAGCGGUGAACCUGCUCAUCGGUCUGUCAGUCUUUUUCACCUACGGUUUAGUCUUCUACGUCUGUCUCGACAUCUUCUGGAACGAAGUUAAACAUCGAUACGCUUCCAAGGAAAAACUGGCCAAUUACGCCCUAAGGACGGUUCUAGUGAUGAUUAACAUCAUCAUCGCUGUCCUUGUUCCCGAAAUCGUGCCCUUCGUGUCGCUUAUUGGUGCUUUUUGUUUCUCCAUUCUGGGACUCAUGUGUCCUGUGGUUAUCGAAAUUUUGGUGUUUUGGGACGACGGUUUUGGUAGGUUUAAUUGGAAGUUGGGGAAGCAUGUGGUUAUUGUAUUUAUGGCAGGACUGGCGUGCGUUUUUGGGUCGAAGUCUGCCAUUGCCGGUAUUGUUAAAACUUUCCAGUAGGGGUUUUUUGGUCUCGUUGUUGGUACUGAAAUGGUGCCGAGUGAAUAUGUGAUAUUAUUUAUGUAUGUGGUAGGAUUAUAUUGUUUGAGUUGUACCUAUUGAUGAUCUAGUUUGGGUAUAAAACAAGAAAUUAGUUGUAUAUGUAUUGUAAGUAAUUUAGUGCGGAUGUUUAAAUUAUUAAAUUAAUAUUUUGUAUUUAUUUAUUUAAAAAAAUAUACGAUUGACUUAAA